CUAUCUGAACCCGCGGACGCCGUGCCAACCCCGGCCAUGGAGGACAUGAUGGGUUUCUUGCCUGCCCUGCAGCCGAAGGAAAAACCCCAGUUAUAUGUAGUGGGCAAUGUGAAUGGAAAGAUCGCAAUCAUCGUGGACGACAUUAUUGAUGAUGUCAGUGACUUUGUCACUGCUGCCGAACUUCUCCAUUCACAAGGAGCGUACAAGGUCUAUGUCCUCGCUACCCAUGGGCUGCUGACGGGCGAUGCUGCCAACAGGCUCGAGCAGAGUCAAAUCGACGAGGUUGUUGUCACCAACACGGUGCCGCAUGUGCUCCAAAAGAUGCAAUGUCACAAGAUUCGCACAGUUGACAUCAGCAUUCUGCUCGCCGAGGCCAUCCGUCGCAUCCACAACAAGGAGUCAAUGUCCUACCUAUUUAUGGAUAUCCCGAAAAAUGAGUAG